UGUAUGGAAGGGGAAAGAGAGAGAGAGAGAGACGGAAAGUGCAAAAAUACCCACAAACAAGCAAAACAUUCCCAGCGAAAGCAAGUGGCCGUUCGGACGCGGCACACAACCUCGGACACGUCGAUAAUCUGCUCUGGGGUACAUAUAAACAAAACCCGCCCGAACGGUUCCGCUCCUCCACCCGCCGACUGCCAGUGAACCACUUCCGUAUGCUUCCACCGCUCGGUGGUGGUGGUGUGGACCUUGUGUAAUUUUCCUCCCUGGUCAGCAGUAAUAGGCAGCCGUGUCAUCAAAUUUGGAUGGUUUACCGAGGGAAACCAUCGAUUUUUGCUGUCGCACACAAUUUUGCUGCACAAACGAGUAAGUAAACAGGUGACCCAAGCCCUGACACCAGCCCGGAGCAAGCAAUCGCAGCAGAAUGGACGAGACCGCUAUGCUUUUCGCGCUGGUUAUCGUGAUGCUGGUCGGGUCGUACCUGGCCGGAAACAUUCCGCUCAUAAUGUCACUGUCGGAGGAAAAGCUAAAAAACGUCUCGAUAUUCGGUGCCGGGCUCCUCGUUGGAACCGCCCUGACCGUGAUCAUUCCCGAGGGCAUUCGUUCGUUGUACGAUGAACGUUCGCUCGAGCAGGCGGCCAGGGGCCCGGGAACCUCCGCCGGGCUGCCGGUGGACGAGCACCGGCACGAGCACAGCAACGACGAGCAUUCCGCCACGAUAGGGCUCUCGCUCGUGCUCGGCUUCGUGUUCAUGAUGCUCGUCGACCAGGUGUCCUCCCGCCGGACGGAAGGCUCGAGCGAGCGCAACCUGACCGCCACGAUCGGGCUGGUCGUGCAUGCGGCCGCCGACGGUGUAGCACUCGGGGCUGCCGCCACAACCAGCCACUCGGACGUGGAGAUGAUCGUGUUCCUUGCCAUCAUGCUGCACAAAGCGCCGGCCGCGUUCGGGCUGGUAAGCUUCCUGCUGCACGAGGGCGUGGAGCGGGACCGGAUCCGCAAGCACCUGCUCAUCUUUGCACUGGCCGCACCGGCCCUCACCCUGCUGACGUACUUCGGCAUCGGCAGCGAGCAGAAGGAAACGCUCGAAUCGCUCAACGCAACCGGCAUUGCGAUGCUGUUUUCGGCCGGCACGUUCCUGUACGUCGCGACGGUGCACGUGCUGCCCGAGCUGACGCACCGCAGCGAUCACGGGCACGGGGGCCACGGGCAUGGCCACCAUCUCGGCAACUACAGCCUGCUGGAGCAGCAACCGCCGAGCUCGUCCGCUGCCGUCAGCGGGAAACCGUCGCCGUCCGGUAGCCCCGGUGGUCUGAAAAACUACGAACUAGGCUUGCUUAUACUCGGUGCACUGGCGCCACUCUUCCUCACGCUCGGCCACCACCAUUGAGAGGAUGAAUUGUGUGCUCGACCGCGUGUCGAACCAUUUGCCAAAAGCAUUCGCCAAGACGGCCGCCGGGUAGUGGUGUGCGUGCGGACUUUGUCGUCAACAUGCGCUCGUUUGCAUGUGCUCUAGUAAUGUGAUUCAGUUUUGUUGUUUAUUACAACUUUCAGUUCGUAAUAUUCCAUCCUUCCAAAACGGGCAAUAUAAUUAGGAGGAGGUAGGGGGGUGCAUUAGUUGUGUAACGGCUGUAAGUUUAAGUACGAACGUUUUCCUGUUUUCAAGUCUGGUUAAAAACGCAUUUUUCUUUUUUCUCCUUUUCCCUUCGCUCAAAUGCGGGUUUACAUAAGCUUCGGAUGUUGUAACGGCUAGACGAUCAAAACAAUGACAAACAAUAAAAUGUACGAACUACUUAA